CCGCGCGAUUUGACCCCGGCGGCGUUCCGUACCGUCGCGGAUUAAGCAGCAGGAACAUGGUGGCGGUGGCUCGGCGGGUUAUGGAGAAAGUUACCAAAAAGACUGGCCUGCGCUAGUGCGUACAGCCUUGGGCCCAAGACCCCAUCCCUACCCUAGCGAGCCAUCACCUCGUUCCGAGUCGUAGGCCCUCCUUUUACUGCGUUGCCGCCAGAGCCGAUUCUGAAGAUUAAGAAAGCGUUGGCGGCGGCCUAGUCAGAUCACUUUAAAGAAAAAUUCCACCAGAGAAAAUGCUAAAAUAGGAGUUACGGAUACAUGUGAUUUGCUGGAUGAAAUACAAGCAGUUAAUUUUUGUAACGCAGGGAGAAAGCCCAAAUUGCCAGAUUACAUGUGUAAAUCAUUGCGUUACUGCUUUAGUCAUUGUCUCUAUUUAGCAAUGACAAGACUGGAAGAAGUAAACAAAGAAGUGAACAUGCAUUCUUCAGUGCGUUAUCUUGGCUACUUAGCUAGAAUCAAUUUACUGGUUGCUGUAUGCUUAGGUCUUUAUGUAAGAUGGGAAAAAACAGCAAAUUCCUUAAUUUUGGUAAUCUUCAUUCUUGGUCUUUUUGUUCUUGGAAUUGCCAGCAUACUCUAUUAUUAUUUUUCAAUGGAAGCAGCAAGUUUAAGUCUCUCCAAUCUUUGGUUUGGAUUCUUGCUUGGACUCCUAUGCUUUCUUGAUAAUUCAUUCUUUAAAAAUGAUGUGAAAGAAGAAUCAACCAAAUAUUUGCUUCUAACUUCCAUAGUAUUAAGGAUAUUAUGCACUUUGGUGGAGAGAAUUUCUGGUUAUGUCCAUCAUCGACCCACUUUACUAACUACAGUUGAAUUUCUGGAACUUGUUGGAUUUGCCAUUGCCAGCACAACUAUGUUGGUGGAGAAGUCUCUGAGUAUAAUUUUACUUGUUGUAGCUUUGGCCAUGCUGAUUAUUGACCUCAGAAUGAAAUCUUUCUUAGCCAUUCCAAACUUAGUUAUUUUUGUAGUCUUAUUGUUUUUCUCCUCAUUGGAGACACCCCAAAAUCCAAUUGCUUUUGCAUGUUUUUUUAUUUGUCUGAUAACUGAUCCUUUCCUUGAUAUUUAUUUUAGUGGACUUUCAGUGACUGAGAGGUGGAAACCCUUUUUGUACCGUGGAAGAAUUUGCAGAAGACUUUCUGUCAUUUUUGCUGGAAUGAUUGAAUUUACAUUUUUUAUUCUUUCAGCAUUUAAACUUAGAGACACUCAUCUCUGGUAUUUUGUAAUACCAGGCUUUUCCAUUUUUGGAAUUUUCUGGAUGAUUUGCCAUAUUAUUUUUCUUUUAACUCUUUGGGGAUUCCAUACCAAAUUAAAUGACUGCCAUAAAGUAUAUUUUACCCACAGAGUAGAUAACAAUAGCCUUGAUAGAAUCAUGGCAUCCAAAGGGAUGCGCCAUUUUUGCUUAAUUUCAGAACAGUUAGUUUUUUUUAGUCUUCUUGCAACAGCGAUUUUGGGAGCGGUUUCCUGGCAGCCAGCAAAUGGAAUCUUCUUGAGCAUGUUUCUGAUUGUUUUGCCAUUGGAAUCCAUGGCUCAUGGGCUCUUCCAUGAACUGGGUAACUGUUUAGGAGGAACAUCCGUUGGAUAUGCUAUUGUGAUUCCCACCAACUUCUGCAGUCCUGAUGGUCAGCCAACACUUCUUCCACCAGAACAUGUACAGGAGUUAAAUUUGAGGUCUACUGGCAUGCUCAAUGCUAUUCAAAGAUUUUUUGCGUAUCAUAUGAUUGAGACCUAUGGAUGUGACUAUUCCACAAGUGGACUGUCUUUUGAUACUCUACAUUCCAAACUGAAAGCUUUCCUUGAACUUCGGACUGUUGAUGGACCUAGACACGAUACAUAUGUUUUGUAUUACAGUGGGCAUACCCAUGGUACAGGAGAGUGGGCUCUUGCAGGUGGAGACAUACUACGCCUUGACACACUUUUAGAAUGGUGGAGGGAAAAAAAUGGUUCCUUCUGUUCCCGCCUUAUUAUUAUAUUAGACAGUGAGAAUUCAACUCCUUGGAUAAAAGAAGUAAGAAAAAUCAAUGACCAGUAUAUUGCAGUGCAAGGAGCAGAGAUGACAAAGUCAAUAGAUAUCGAAGAAGCUGACCCACCACAGCUAGGUGACUUUACAAAAGACUGGGUAGAAUAUAACUGCAACUCCAGUAAUAACAUCUGCUGGACUGAAAAGGGACGCACAGUGAAAGCAGUAUAUGGUGUAUCAAAACAGUGGAGUGACUACACUCUGCAUUUGCCAACGGGAAAUGAUGUAGCCAAGCACUGGAUGCUACACUUUCCUCGUAUUACAUAUCCACUAGUGCAUUUGGCAAAUUGGUUGUGUGGUCUGAACCUUUUUUGGAUCUGCAAAAGUUGUUUUAGGUGCUUGAAAAGGUUAAAAAUGAGUUGGUUUCUUCCUACUGUGCUGGACACAGGACAAGGUUUUAAACUUGUCAAAUCUUAAUUUGGAACCCAAAGUGGAAUGCUAUUGAGAGUUCAUACUACCAGUUAUCACUCACUUGCCAUUUUUUGUACGUUGUUUUUUUUUUUUUAUUUUUGAAAAAUAUCUUGCUACUUCUAUAGCUGCUCUCACUUUGUCUUUUCUCAAGUAUUAUGGUAUAUAUAAAAUGUUGAGAAUAAGCAUCAUUUUAUACUAAAAAUAUGUAGAGAGUCAUAAAUUCUGACUCCGUAAAUGCAUAAGAGAUGUUAAAAAUAACAGUGCACUUUGAGGAAUGUUUGGAUAUGCCUCUUAUUAGAAAGAAAACACUGUCUGUUCUGCAGUGGCCAAUGAAGAAUUACCAAUGCCUUAUUUUCUAGGCAUAGAUUAGAGGAUGUAGACCAGACAAUUUGUUUACUCUUGUUAAGAAAACUACACAUUUGCUUACAGAAGACUAUUAGUAGAAUUACAAACUCUUUCUUCAAAAAGAAAAAAGGAAGAAGUCUCCCUGAAAUUAAUGCAAAAUUUGCUUAAAAUCGAUCACAUUCAGAUGUCUUGCUUGUAACCUGUUACCAGUAUAGCAUAAAAGCCCAAACUAUUGUUUAGAUCAAAACAUUUUUUUUGUGUAGGUAACUCAAGAGACUAGAGCUUAUAAGUUGCUCCUACAUGCAUUGUUGGGGGCUUCUGAAAGUAAUGGCAAUUUUAAGUCUUUCUCAGGGUAACCAUGUUUUCUUAACAAUGUUUUCAGCUGCAGAUUUCUUCCAAAUAAAUUGCCUUCUCUUUCGAAAAGUAAUCUUAUAAAAAGAAAUUUAGCAAUUUCUCAUUGAUAUAGGUAUUUUCAGUACUCAGAAAUGAUUUUAAUCUCUGUAAAGUUAAUAUUCUGCCAUCUGCCAUUAAAAUUAUUUUUCAAAUCCUCAUUAGUAACUUUUUUCACUUAAGGUCAAAGGAUUGAAAACAAAUCAUUUAUUAUGUAAAAUGUAUUAUGUAAAAAAGUGUUCAUAUUGACCAUUAAGCAUAAUGGUGUGGUUAUAAUUUUUAAAACUCAUCUCAGUGUUUUAUCUGAUUAAAGCAGGCACUGAUCAGGAUAUUUUCUAAGAGGUAAUUUACCUCCUUUUUCCUUCUAGUAAUUCUUAUAUUCUAAGUUUCAUCUCUGGGAAAUAACAAGAGGGGAAUAUAAUUAAAUUGGUGGUAAUCUAAUCGUUGUUUAAAUGUGUCACUUCUCAUCAUCAAAGCCAUUUUUCUAGCCUCAGAAAGGUGAAAUAAUGCCUCUACCAUUUUCUACUUGGUAACUUGAAAAUUGAAGUUUCUGUUAGAAGUCACUAAGCGUCAGGGAACUUGUAUACCACUAUCUAUGCAGCAUUGUUAUAGUGUGAUUGUUUCUGUGUUUCGAAAAUGAUUUUCCUAAUGCGUUGAAUAAAAUUUUGUUAAAAAUUAA